GGCUCCCGUAGCCGGGCGCGGUGGCGGCGCCACGUCCCGGGCGGGCGGCGUCCGGGAAGGAGUCAGUCGGGCCUGGGAGCUGUCUGGAGUGACCAUGGCCUUCACGCUGUACUCCCUGCUGCAGGCGGCCCUGCUGUGCGUGAACGCCAUCGCCGUGCUGCACGAGGAGCGCUUCCUUAAGAACAUUGGCUGGGGAACAGACCAGGGAAUUGGCGGAUUCGGAGAGGAGCCAGGGAUUAAAUCUCAGCUAAUGAACCUUAUUCGAUCUGUAAGAACCGUGAUGAGAGUGCCACUGAUAAUAGUAAACUCAAUUACUAUUGUAUUGCUUUUGUUAUUUGGCUGAACAUUGGGAAACCAGAGACUCAGAAGAGAUGCCCCGGAAGUUGCUCUUUCCAUCGUGACUGGAAUAUUCAUGUUUUAACAGGCUCAUCUUGAAGCUGACAAAAAAAUGUAAAGUUGACAAUAAAACCAGUUUCUAUUUAUCUGAUUUUUUUAAAUGUUGCACUUGUAGUUUCAAUACAAAAAGAUGAGAUCAUCAGAGGCAGGAACGCUCCAGGAUUGCACACACUUGUUAUGGUUAAAAAAGGUAGAGGUUAUUAAAGGGCUGAUGCCUCUGCCUUGUUAGAGAUACUGUUCUGCCUCACAACUCAGGGAUGGACUUUUCUCCAAAGUUUUGGAAUUCCUUGUCGUUUAGGUAUGAAUUAAGAGUAAUUAACUUCCUAUAUAAACUUAAAGAGUUUUUUAAAGGAACAAUUACAUAUAAUUGACAAAUUGGUAAUUUUGGUAAUUUAUUUGAGCUCUUUGGUUAACUAGUCUACGUCAUCUCUGCUAUAAAGAAAUGUAUAGAUAACUGCAUGGGGCAGUACCCUGAUUUCAGGGAGAAUUCUAAUUCUGUAAAUCAGUUGUUUGGUAACUGUGGUUUUAAGUUCUUUUUAUGCUGCUGUUGAGCUGAACAGUGAGACCAGAGUAUAUACGUAUUUUCAUUGGUAGAAAGUCUUCCCUUUCUACAACAAUGAUUUGGUUGAUAAAAUCAGUGUAACUGUUAGUUGGCAAAAUCAGCCCAUACAAUCACAAAGUAAGCUGUUGGAGUAGCCCUGAAGUGUCCCCUGCUCCCAGGUCAUAUUUCCAUUUCUUGGUGGAAUAGCAUGGUAAAGGUAUGAUUCUUGGAUGCUCAUUCUGUCUGUCAGUAGACCAUUUAUGCUAGAUAAUGUUUAUUUUUUGUUGGUUUGUUUUUAUGUCUUUUGUUAAUGUUUUAGGCCAACUUUGUGAGGUUCUUUGCUCAUCCAGUAAUACUACAGUACAGUUUUAUAUGGGAAGAUUUAAACUGUGCAACUAUUGUGUGAAAUGUUUCAGUUACAGUAUUUUAAAGGGGUGAGAUGGCAUCUUUCUGUGUAGGAAAACUUUUAUAAAUAAAGUUGACUUUUCAACUCAA